UUUAAAGCAUAAACAUUAUUAUAAAGAAAGACAUGAAAAGAAAAAUACAAUUGAAAAUGUUAACACUAAACUAGCUGAAUGGAAUGGGCCACUACUGUGGCGCCAUUCUCUUUUCCUUCUCUCUUUUUCCUUUCAAAAAAGCAAAGCUACCAUCUCUCUCUCUCUCUACCUUGUUGGUGGAUAACAACCACAUUUGAGCAACCUCUUUACAUCUCAUCAAACACUCUCAAUCUUAUUAUUUGUUUGCUCUCUCAUCAUCUAGGAAUAGUUGGCGGGAAUGACGAGGGUAACUCGCAAUUUUGGUGAUACUAUGUACAGAGAGGCGGUGCCGGUGGUAUCAGCCGAUGUAAUAUUUGCUUCUCUUAGAUUUCCUACUUACAAAAUUGGAUCUAACAAUCAGAUCAUGGAGACAAAGGAUGAUCUAAAAGUGCUACCGAUGAAGGAGAUUGUUGCACGCGAGACUGCACAGCUGUUGGAACAGCAGAAUCGUCUCUCAGUUCGCGAUCUUGCCAGUAAAUUUGAGAAGGGUUUAGCUGCUGCUGCUAAGUUGUCUGAAGAGGCUAGACUUAGAGAAGCAGCUUCACUAGAGAAACAUGUUCUAUUAAAGAAGCUUCGAGAUGCACUGGAAUCCUUAAAAGGGCGAGUGGCAGGAAGAAACAAGGAUGACGUUCACCAAGCUAUUUCUAUGGUUGAAGCUCUUGCAGUUCAGCUAACUCAUAGGGAAGGGGAGCUAAUACAAGAGAAGUCUGAGGUGAAAAAGCUAACAAAUUUUCUUAAGCAGGCUUCUGAAGAUGCUAAGAAACUUGUAGAAGUGGAAAGAGCUUUUGCUCGUUUUGAAAUAGAUAAUGCCCGGGCAGCAGUUCAGAGAGUGGAGGAGGCGCUUCAAGAGCAUGAGAAGAUGUCUCAAGCUUCAGGGAAACAGGACCUGGAACAAUUAAUGAAGGAGGUUCAAGAGGCUCGAAGAAUCAAAAUGCUGCAUCAGCCAAGCAAGGUUAUGGAUAUGGAACACGAGCUUCGAGCAUUAAGGGCUCAACUUGCAGAAAAGUCUAGACACUAUCUUAGACUCCAAAAGGAGCUGGCAAGGGCAAAGAAAGGAGAUGAAAGUGUCCCUCAUUUAUAUGAAUUAGAAGGCACUGAAACAUUAGGUUCAUAUUUGCAAAUUCAAUCUUGCUCCAAUAAUGCCCCGGAACUCUCAGAAUGUUCAAUUCAGUGGUAUCGAGUAUCAACAGAAGGUGCUAAAAAGGAACUUAUUUCAGGAGCCACCAAAUCAGUUUAUGCCCCAGAACCUUUGGACGUUGGACGCUUAUUGCACGUUGGUAUUAUUUCAGAAGUCUUGCAAAUCACAUUGUCAACCACUGGUCCAAUUGAACCAGCUGCUGGUUUGGGAAACUAUGUAGAGGCACUUGUGCGAAAACAUGACACUGAAUUCAACGUGGUUGUAACCCAGACAAACGACUCACAUCAUCCAACUGAAUCCAUUCAUAUACUUCAUGUGGGAAAAAUGAGAAUGAAGCUUUGUAAAGGGAAAACAACAAUUGCCAAAGAAUAUUAUUCAAGUUCAAUGCAGCUUUGUGGAGUUCGAGGGGGUGGGAAUGCUGCGGCACAGGCACUAUUUUGGCAACCAAAACAAGGACUCUCAUUUGUAUUAGCUUUUGAAUCAGAGAGAGAAAGGAAUGCAGCUAUCAUGCUUGCAAGGAGGUUUGCAUUUGAUUGUAAUAUUGUUCUAGCUGGUCCAGAUCACAGAGCUCCUUCAGAAACAUGAUGUGACUUCCUUUAAUACUAUGUUCUCAACUGUAAUUAUUUGAGUUUCCCUCUCUUGUAUUACAAUUUUUGUAGCACCAACAUUUCUGAUCCAAGGCGUGUUCCAAUGUUCGACACAUGUCGGUGUUUGACACCGACACCUUGAUUAGAUUCAAUUAAUUCGUUUUUUCAAAUUAUAACUAGUGUCAACGUGUCAGUGUCAUGUCUGAUUUUUGUGUCAAUAUUUGUAUUUCAUAGAUUACACGUGUGUAACAGUGAAAAAUAUAUCUUUUUUUUGUGCUAAGGAUUCAUACCUGGCGGUCUGAGUUCUUUUACUCAAUUUUCUUUCACCAACACCGGGGCAUUUUUUUGUUUGCCUUUGUGAGUGAUUGUUGGUGAUAGGUUUAGAGUUUACAAUUAUGGAAUUGGUGGAUGCCAUGUCCAGUGUUUGUGGUGCUAAUUAAUUGUUUUGAUUCAUCCAUUUACUGUCAGUUGUAUUUUUGCUA